UCUCUAAUUCCUGUUGGAGCUUUAGAGGAAGAGGUGGACAUGUAAACCCUGAAAGGGGGUGAUGGUGAGGGAGGAAACACUCCAAGUGUGCUGCUGGAAACAGACUCGCAGGAGGAGCUCUGAGAGCAAACCGAAGGACUGAGAGAGCCUGGAGACAAAGCUGGGGAACCUGAAGCGAUCCAAGCAUGCUGUGGCUUCUGGGGCUGAGCUGUGUGCUGUGCAUAGGAGGGAGAUCUGUGGCAGGACAGAGAGAUGGAGAGAUUAUCAGUCAGAUUAAAAUGACAAACCUCGCCCUGUCUGAGAUUAAAGAGCUGCUGAAACAACAGAUCAAAGAGAUAGUAUUCUUAAAGAACACGGUGAUGGAGUGUGAGGCCUGUGGGAUGGGCGGCAUACAGCCUCCUCCCUCCUCCCCAUGUGAGCCAAACCCUUGCCACCCGGGGGUGAAGUGUAUGGAGACCCCUCAGGGUGCUGAAUGUGGACCCUGCCCUGAAGGCAUGAAGGGGAAUGGUACACACUGCAGUGAUGUGGACGAGUGCACAGUGAAGCCCUGUCACAUGGGUGUUCGCUGUAUCAACACAUCGCCUGGUUUCCGCUGUGGCUCUUGUCCCGCCGGAUACACCGGGCCACAGGUCAAAGGUGUCGGCCUCGCCUACGCCACUGCCAACAAGCAGGUGUGCAAAGAUAUCAAUGAGUGUGAAGGUCCCAACAAUGGAAGUUGUGUAGAGAACUCUCUGUGUAUGAACACGCCUGGCUCCUACAGAUGUGGUCCCUGUAAGACCGGCUAUGUUGGGGAUCAACGGCGUGGCUGUAAGCUCGAGAGAGCUUGUGGUAAUGGUCAACCCAACCCCUGCCACGCCAGUGCCCAGUGCAUAGUCCAUAGAGAGGGGACUAUCGAGUGCCAGUGUGGGGUGGGCUGGGCUGGCAAUGGCUACCUCUGCGGUCCUGACACUGACAUCGAUGGUUUCCCCGACGAGAGGCUGAACUGUCCUGACAGGCACUGCAACAAGGAUAACUGCCUCACUGUGCCCAAUUCUGGCCAGGAGGACGCUGACAACGAUGGAAUUGGGGAUGCCUGUGAUGAGGAUGCAGAUGGGGACGGGAUCCUCAACGCACAGGAUAACUGUGUUCUGGUGCCCAACGUAGACCAGAGUAACAUUGAUGAGGACGACUUUGGUGAUGCUUGCGACAACUGCCGUGCGAUCAAAAACAACGACCAAAAGGACACAGAUGUGGACAAAUUUGGAGACGAAUGUGACGAGGACAUUGAUGGGGAUGGAAUCCCCAAUAACCUGGACAACUGCAAACGGGUUCCAAAUCUUGAUCAGAAAGAUCGAGACGGAGACAAAGUGGGCGACGCCUGCGACAGCUGCCCUUAUGUUCCCAACCCUGAUCAGAUGGACGCAGACAAUGACUUGAUCGGAGAUCCGUGUGACACCAACAAGGACAGUGAUGGCGAUGGUCACCAAGACUCUCGGGACAACUGCCCAGCUGUCAUCAACAGCUCUCAACUGGACACUGACAAAGAUGGAAUAGGAGACGAGUGUGAUGAUGAUGACGACAACGACGGUAUCCCUGACCUGCUGCCACCUGGUCCCGACAACUGCCGUCUGAUUCCAAACCCACUGCAGGAGGACUCUGACGGUGACGGCGUGGGCAAUAUAUGCGAGACCGAUUUUGACAACGACACUAUAAUCGACACCAUCGACGUUUGCCCAGAAAACGCCGAGGUCACCCUCACUGACUUCAGGGAGUACCAGACCAUCGUUUUAGAUCCUGAGGGAGACGCACAGAUUGAUCCCAACUGGGUAGUGCUGAACCAGGGAAGAGAGAUUGUCCAGACCAUGAACAGUGACCCUGGGCUGGCCGUUGGUUACACUGCUUUCAGCGGAGUGGACUUUGAAGGGACGUUUCAUGUAAAUACGGUGACUGAUGACGACUAUGCUGGCUUCAUCUUUGGCUACCAAGACAGCUCCAGUUUCUACGUGGUAAUGUGGAAACAGGUGGAACAGAUCUACUGGCAGGCAAAUCCAUUUCGAGCCGUGGCAGAACCCGGGAUCCAACUGAAGGCUGUAAAGUCGGACACAGGUCCGGGUGAGAACCUGAGGAACGCCCUGUGGCACACCGGUGAUACCAGCGAUCAGGUGAAACUCCUGUGGAAAGAUGCUCGCAAUGUUGGCUGGAAAGACAAGACUUCAUACCGCUGGUUCCUGCAGCACCGGCCCGCUGACGGUUACAUCAGAGUUCGGUUCUUUGAGGGUACUCAGAUGGUAGCGGACACAGGUGUCAUCAUAGAUGCCACCAUGAGAGGAGGCCGGCUUGGCGUAUUUUGCUUCUCCCAGGAGAACAUCAUCUGGGCCAACCUGCGCUACCGCUGCAAUGACACUCUUCCAGAAGACUUUGACACCUACAGAGCUCAGCAAGUCCAGAUUGUGGCCUGACGACAAUAAAUGAGCCCCAUCGGGGGUGAAGUCUCUUCAGUUUUAAGAAAAAAAACGAAGAAUUUGGACGAGAGCAGUAAAACUCUUAAUAAGGAUGCGGCCGCAUCGCAUGGAGUUCCUGGAAUGUUCAGAAAUUUCUGUUAUAUUGCUUUUUUUUACAGAUUAAUUAUAGAUUUUAGCUAAUUAUUUUGUACGAGUUAAUGUGAUAUUUUUAACAUUGAAAUUUACCGCUGGAUUAUCAUAAAACACAUUAGCUUCAUGUUGAAAAUACAUUAUUUUAGUGAAAUGGUCUCAUCCAAAGUUUCUUUUUGUGUAGACUCAUAAGUCUUUCAAUGGCACACUGACUUUCAAUUAAGUAAAAAUUCUUGUAUUACCAUUGUAUUCUUUGAGGGCUUCAAAAAAACAGAGGUAUGGAAACUUUCAACGUUGAAUAAAUAUUCAGA